AACGUGUCGAUGACAACAUCCUGUUCCCCAGUUCAUUUCCCAGAAAGUAGUGCAAGUACCUCUUUGGAAUGUUUUUAUUUGACGGAAGAAAAUAGUUGUGACGAUAUAUUUAUGUUCCAAGACGAAGUCUGCGUGUGUGUGAACAUUUGAGUGCGCCCGGGGGGCUUGUGAUCUUGCUACUGGCGGCCCAGAGGCCGUAGCGUCCGUCGUCUAGUCUGGCUGAGUGCCGAGCCUUCGCCUGGACGCCAUUAGUGGCUAAAAGUGCUGCGUUACAGGCUCACCCCGAUUGAUGAUUGGGAUCACCAAGGAGGAAAGGCAACGCAUCACAGUGAAAAUUCGCAACAACAUGAAGAGGAGCUCUGACCGGGACACGCCUCCGUCCCGCAGCAAGCGGUCACGGUCCAGUAUUGGGCGCUACGACGACAGUUCCGACGAGAGGAUGACGCCAGACAGGGACAGGGACAGAGUACGCGGCGGGCCGGGUCCUGGGCGUCGGGGUAGCCGCGCCGGCAGCAGGGGGCGGUCCACCAGUCCGCGGAGGUACCCGUCGGACGGGGCUCACCGCGAGAGGGACGAGUAUCGUGGCAGGGACGACAGGACGUACUCGUCUUACAAAGUGUUAUGUGUGAGUGCGCUGCAUCCCAAGGCGAGUGACGAAGUGGUAAAGGAUACCCUGUACAGAGAGUACAAGAAGUUUGGUGACAUCAGCAUUAGGAUCUCACGUGACUUGGACGAACGUGUGGCUUAUGUUUGUUUUAGGAGCUCAGAAGACGCUAGAGAUGCUAAACAUGCCAAGCCAAGGAUAAUUAUUUAUGACAAAGUUGCUGUUGUGGAAGCUGUGUACGAGACGAGCCGUGGUUCUGGUGAUGUGUAUCGUCGUCCCACUAGCAGACCCAGAAGCAGGUCUGUCAGUCCAGAGUAUGAUAGGUAUUAUCAGCGUUCACCUCCACCUGAACGACAUCGUCCUGGUGACCAACGCUAUGAUCGAUAUGGCCCACCACCUGGCAUGCAGCACAGAGAAUUCCGUAGGGAUGGUCCCCCUCCUCAUGAUUUCAUGCGCCCUCCUGUUCAUCAUGGCCCUCCACCCCAUUUGCCACCAGGCCCUCCACAUCACUAUGGACCACCACGUCACAUGAUGCAUGGUGGUUUUAAGCCGCCUGGUGGCCCUGGAGGACCUCAUUUUGAUAAAAUGGAUCCAAAGAAAGAUAAAUUUCCUAAUUACUUGCAGCACUUGCCUCCAGAAGAUGAUCCUCUUGCUACUAGGACAUUGUUUGCUGGUAAUCUUGAAAUCAAUAUUUCUGAUGAUGAGCUUAGAAGAAUAUUUGGGAGAUAUGGAAAUGUUGAAGACAUAGAUAUCAAGCGUCCUCCACCAGGCACUGGGAAUGCAUAUGCCUUUGUCAGAUAUCAGAAUUUAGACAUGGCUCACCGAGCCAAAGUAGAACUGUCUGGGCAGUAUAUUGGUAAGUUUCAAUGCAAGAUAGGGUAUGGUAAGGCCACUCCAACUACAAGAAUUUGGGUUGGUGGCCUAGGUCCUUGGAUUUCAGUACCUCAGCUUGAGAGGGAAUUUGACAGAUUUGGUGCUAUUAAGAAGACUGACUAUGUAAAAAAUGAAAAUCAGGCUUAUAUUUUGUACGACUCAAUUGACGCAGCACAAGCUGCUGUGAAGGAAAUGAGAGGAUUCCCUUUGGGAGGUCCAGAUAGAAGACUCAGAAUUGACUUUGCAGAUGCUGGCCCUAACUUUGGUUUCAAACAACGACCCCCAUUUCCACCAGAGGAUGCUGCAUCUGGCGGUGAAUUCCGCCCACGACCCCCAGGAAGAGAAGAUUUCCCCUAUGACGCUCCUUAUGAUGCUCCUUAUGAGGGUGGUGAGUUUGGAAAUUACAGUGGGCCACCAAGAGGGUUUAGAGGAAGAGGUGGGAUGCCGUGGCAUGAUAGAAGAGGAGGUGGGAGGGGUGGUUUUAGAGGUGGCCCUGCUGCAUUUCCACCUGACAAUUAUGUCAGAAAUGAUGAUCCAGAAUGGAAUUCUCGCAGACCACCACCAGAUGCAGAAUAUGAUGGAGCUGGAAGGCGCUCAAGUGUUGGCGAAGGUGGCGCUGAUCGUUCUCGGUCAAAUUCACCUCGCAGGCAUUCUGCUGGAAGUGAUUCCGGAUCAGAGAGAGGACGCAAUGGGCUCAUGGGCUCUGCUCACACCCUUCCAGAACUUGCUCGGAAAUGCUCAACUUUGUGGCAAGGUGCUCUCAUUCUUAAAAAUUCUCUAUUUCCAGCCAAAUUUCACCUUUCUGAUGGAGACUCUGACAUCAUUGAGGGCCUAAUGAAAGAUGAAGAUGGUAAACACAUGUUAAGAAUAACUCAAAGGCUCAGACUUGACCCACCUAAGCUAGAAGAUGUGUCAAAGAGAAUCUCAUCUUCCCUUUCACAUGCUAUUUUCCUAGGGUUGGCUGGUUCAUCAGCCUCUGUAUCAAAUGAUGAUAGUACAGUGCAGACUCGUCCUCUCAGGAAUCUUGUGUCCUACCUGAAACAGAAGGAGGCUGCUGGUGUAAUUUCUUUACUUAAUAAGGACACAGAAGCCACUGGUGUUCUUUAUGCUUUUCCUCCUUGUUCAUUUUCUACAGACCUUUUAAAGAGAACUGCCCCUAAUCUGACAGAAGAGAGUUUAAAGGAAGACCACCUGGUCAUAGUAGUUGUGCGAGGUGGUAGUGCAUAGCAAUAAUCUUUUCAAUUAGUUGACUGUAGAAUGCCUCAGAAGGAAUACUAUCUUGCACUUAAGCUUUGGGCUUUGGCUUUAAUUCAUGUCAUGUGGUACACACAUAUUUUUAUAUUGUACUCCUAUUAAUAAUGAAGUGGACCUACAAAUGAUUAUGUACAAUCAUGACUUUUAUUGAUUUGAUUGACCUCAGGCUAAACUCAUUAGGUCGUCAGAUUGAAAAUAUUAUUUGUACCCUAUAGUAUAUUUUUUUGCUUUUAUGUCACAGAGUUUGUUAUCAGUGUAGAAUUUUGAUGCUGUGGUCAAUUUGUGAUGCAGUUUAAAUAAAUAAUUUCUCUUUUAAAGUGAAAGUAUAUGGUCCAAUAAUAGAUGUAGAUAGUAAUAUAUGAUUAGGGUUUAGCUGAAAAUUUUGUAACCCUCUUAUAAUUGUUGAUAUACAUGGAGGAUAAAAUAUGUUGUUACUUUACAGUGAAAAACUGUACUGUUAAAUAUUUGAGUAGUGAUUCGAGGUGGUGUAAGAAACUUAUAUUUUACUUUGAUAAUUUCCUCUUUUUUUUUUCUUGUAUCAUCUUUUGCUUUACUUGCUAUUUACUAACAACUGUCUUGUUACAACAUUUUCUAUCUAUCAUGGUGAUCCACUCUGCAAUAGAAAAUCAAUAAUGUAUGUAUAGUUGUAAAUUGAACUUGUAAACUAAAAAUUAAAUUAUCCUUUUUUUUUUUUUUUUACUGCAAGGAUAUUGUCUUCCAUUUGACAUGUUCAUUCAUUGUGAUGAAUUAAAGUUCCUGCAAAGAGUGUGGAAGUCUAUGUGUGCCUGUGUUUGUAUAAUACUUUUCUUUCUAGAAAUACUUCGUGGGAUACCUCUACAAUGUGCAAUAGUGAUAGUGAUAUCAAGCCUCAGACUAAGUGCUCGUCAUUAAUCUGGCUUUGUGCGUUAAGUGAAGUGCAGUGCAGUGUUGUGCCUUGAAAGACUCCAAUUUUCCAGUUUUAUGAUAAUUAUUCAUGGAAUAGAUCUUUCAGUUUUUCACAAGAACUGCCUUUUUUAAUUUAUUUUUUAUUUUGAUUGUUAAGUGGAAGUGGUGGGAAACUGUGUCAACUGUGCCUAAUCGUGAACCCAGGAGAAGUGCAGUGUUCAAGUGUGUUUGUGUGCAGUAAGUUUUGUGAAAUAGAGAAGUCCUUGCAGAUUA